AUGGCGGACACCGAACCCGGCUCUGAGCCGACCCAAUCCAUUGAAAUGCCCGAGAAACCCGUGGAGACCCCCGAUGUAUCUUCUACAAUAGUGAACUCAGACGAGCCUACAUUGCCCGAGCAUACCGAACCAGAAGACCCGAACCAGGAGGAAGGUGAUGAAGUGGCCAAGGAGGAGGGAGUUGAAGAGAAACCAGACGUGCCGCCUAAGGAUGACCCUGAACAGGCUGAACAACAGCCCCAAGCAGACGGUCCGCCCACCAUUCAGGAACCGUCCGCGGAGGACAAUGCAACGGAACACAGGUUGCGAUCCGAUUCGCGCUCAACAACUGCUACAUUCAUGACGCAGCGAUCCGGUCCGGUCAGCUCGACAGUCUUUAUCGUGACGGCCCUGGACAAUAUUGCUGCCUCGCGGGACGCCCGGCGGGACAAAAAGUUGGAGGAAGCCACACAGGUCGCUUUGACCAACAUCAAGCAACUCGACGGACAAGCAAUUGACCCGGAGCUCAUCUUCCGCCCUCUUCAUCUGGCGAGCAAAGCGCUCAGCAUCCCUCUGCAGGUAACUGCGUUGGAUUGCAUCGGAAAGCUAAUCACAUACUCCUAUUUUGCAUUCCCGUCCGCAGAAACGGCAAAUCAACCCAACCCUGAGCAGCCUCCACUUAUCGAACGCGCGAUUGAUGCAAUCUGCGACUGCUUUGAGAAUGAAGCCACGGCGAUUGAGAUUCAACAACAAAUCAUCAAGUCGCUGUUGGCCGCCGUCCUAAACGACAAGAUCGUGGUGCAUGGAGCUGGUCUCCUGAAAGCCGUCCGUCAAAUCUACAACAUUUUCAUUUACUCCAAAUCCAGUCAAAACCAACAGAUCGCCCAGGGGUCGCUUACACAAAUGGUCGGCACGGUCUUUGAGCGAGUGCGAGUACGGUUGGACCUCAAAGAGCUUCGCCUGCGAGAGUCGGUAAAGCCAUCUUCAUCCAUCGACGCAUCGGCCAGUGACGUGGGUCAAAAUUCAGAAGUGGCUUCUGUGUCUCCAGCAGAUCAACCGGUGUCCAAAGAGCCCACCGCCGAGAAACUCACUUUGCAGAGUUUCGAGUCGCCCAACGAGGUCACCUCUGUCAAUGACAAUGCCCCAACUACGGUCACCCGCGCUAAGCGAUCGGCGAGGCGAUCGAUGUCAGGAAUCCUCGAGGAGAAGGACGAUGAUAGCUCGGCCGAGGACGAUGUGGAUGACAUCUAUGUCAAAGAUGCUUUCUUGGUUUUCCGAGCGCUCUGCAAGCUGAGCCAUAAGGUCCUGACUCAUGAGCAGCAGCAAGAUGUCAAAUCCCAGAACAUGAGAUCGAAGCUACUUUCACUGCAUUUGAUUCAUUAUUUGAUUAACAACCACACCGCGCUAUUUCUCUCUCCUCUAGCAGCAAUCAAGAACAGCUCAUCCAGCGCGGGUGGCAUGAAUCUCCUGUUGGCUGUGCGGCCUCAUUUAUGUCUGAGUCUAAGUCGCAAUGGCUCCAGCGCGGUGCCUCAUGUCUUCAAAGUUUGCUGUGAGAUUUUCUGGCUGAUGCUUAAGGACAUGAGAGUCAUGAUGAAGAAGGAGCUCGAGGUGUUCUUGAAAGAAAUCUAUUUGGCCAUUCUUGAAAAGCGCGGAGCUCCUGCUUUCCAAAAGCAGUACUUCUUGGAGAUUUUGGAGAGGCUAGGUAGCGACCCACGGGCUCUAGUUGAGAUCUAUCUCAACUACGACUGUGAUAGGACGGCAUUAGAGAAUAUUUUCCAAAAUGUCAUUGAACAAUUGUCACGGUACGCGAGUGUACCGGUUGCAACAACUCCUUCUCAGCAACAACAAUACCAGGAACAACACACCAAAAUGACAAGCGUUGGGUCUGAGUGGCAUCAUCGAGGAACUCUACCUCCUUCGUUGACAACUGCCCACAUUGUUCCUGCUCCAUCACCCCCGAUGCCUCACAUUCCAUCGGAGUACGGUUUGAAGCAGCAGGCUCUGGAGUGUCUGGUGGAGAUACUACGCUCACUGGACAACUGGGCGGCGCAGCGCAUCGAUGAACAGCCCGAGGCAGCUGUCCCGUCGAAACUGAUGGACAACUCGCGCGAGUCCUUGGACACAAGCGUACUGGUUUCACCACAUCCCGAGUCCUUCGAGGGCGGAACAGGUCGGUCCACACCUAUGCCUGAAGACGACCCAAAUCAGAUCGAAAAAGUCAAGCAGCGCAAAAUCGCUCUCACAAAUGCCGUGCAACAAUUCAACUUCAAGCCCAAGCGUGGCAUCAAGGCUUUGCUCCAGGAAGGCUUUAUUCAAUCCGAGUCUCCUGAAGACAUUGCUAGCUUCAUGCUACGCACUGACCGCAUUGACAAAGCUAUGCUGGGAGAGUAUCUUGGCGAGGGCGAGCCGGAAAACAUCGCCAUCAUGCACGCCUUCGUUGAUCUGAUGGAUUUCGGGAAGCGGCGCUUUGUUGAUGCCCUACGCUUUUUCUUGCAGCAUUUCCGCCUACCUGGUGAGGCUCAAAAGAUCGAUCGCUUCAUGCUCAAGUUCGCCGAACGUUACACGACUCAAAAUCCCAAUGCCUUCGCCAAUGCUGACACGGCGUAUGUACUUGCAUAUUCGGUGAUUCUACUCAAUACGGAUCAGCACAGCACAAAAAUGAAGGGCCGCCGAAUGACCAAGGAAGAUUUCAUCAAGAACAACCGUGGUAUUAAUGACAGUCAGGAUUUGCCGGCUGACUACCUUGGAGCCAUCUAUGAGGAGAUCGGAAGCAACGAAAUUGUGCUAUAUACCGAGCAGGAACAUGCUGCUAAUUUGAACCCUCAACCUGCCGCUCCAACUGGCCUUGCCACAAGAGCCGGGCAAGUAUUUGCUACCGUCGGGCGAGACCUCCAGGGUGAAAGAUACGCACAGGCUUCUGAGGAAAUGGCCAACAAGACAGAACAACUCUACCGUUCCCUUAUUCGAGCCCAACGCAAGACCGCAGUCAAAGACGCGCUUUCGCAUUUCAUUCCAGCAACGUCAGAACGUCAUGUUGGGUCAAUGUUCAACGUUACCUGGAUGUCUUUCCUGUCUGGUUUGUCCGCCCCAAUGCAGGACACGUCGAGCCUGGAAACCAUCCGGCUCUGUAUGGAGGGACUCAAACUGUCUAUCCGGAUCAGCUGUGCCUUCGGCUUAGAGACUCCUCGUGUCGCAUUUGUGACUGCUUUGGCGAAGUUCACCAACCUUGGAAACGUAAGGGAGAUGAUGGCCAAGAAUGUCGAAGCUUUGAAAGCCUUGCUCGAUGUCGCUUUCACGGAGGGCAAUCAUCUCCAGAGCUCAUGGCGGGAUGUUCUGACUUGCGUCAGUCAACUUGAUCGGCUACAACUUCUGAGCGAUGGCGUCGAUGAGGGAUCGCUGCCUGAUGUUUCCAGGGCUCCCUCAUCGGUAGAUAACUCUCGCAGAUCCAUGCAGAGCACACGGCGGGCUCGCCCCCGCUCUGUUAAUGGGCCAGCUGGCUUCCGUCCAGAAAUUGCUAUCGAGAGCCGUUCGGCAAACAUGAUUCGUGGUGUGGACCGUAUCUUCACCAAUACCGCAAACCUGUCGCAUGAGGCCAUCAUCGAUUUUGUCCGGGCCUUGAGCGAGGUCAGCUGGCAAGAAAUUCAGUCUUCCGGUCACACUGAUUCGCCCCGCACCUACAGCUUGCAGAAGCUAGUCGAGAUCAGUUACUAUAAUAUGACUCGAGUCAGGAUUGAAUGGUCUAAGAUUUGGGACGUCUUGGGUCAACACUUUAACCAAGUCGGCUGCCACUCCAACACUACGGUUGUUUUCUUCGCGUUGGAUUCGCUCCGACAACUCUCAAUGCGGUUCAUGGAGAUCGAGGAGUUGCCUGGUUUCAAGUUCCAAAAGGACUUCCUUAAGCCAUUUGAGCAUGUAAUGGCGAACAGCACCAGCGCUGCUGUCAAGGACAUGAUUCUGCGGUGCCUUAUCCAGAUGAUCCAGGCCCGUGGUGACAAUAUCCGUUCCGGGUGGAAGACCAUGUUUGGCGUCUUCACGGUUGCAGCACGGGAACCUUAUGAAGCCAUCGUCAACAUGGCCUUUGACCAUGUAACCCAGGUCUACAACACCAGAUUUGGCGUAGUGAUCACCCAAGGCGCUUUUGCGGACCUUAUCGUUUGCCUGACUGAAUUCUCGAAGAACUCCAAGUUUCAAAAGAAAUCGCUGCAGGCAAUCGAGACCCUCAGAUCUACUGUCACCAAGAUGCUGCGUACCCCGGAAUGUCCCUUGUCACACCGUGGUGCCUCGGCGGCUACCUUCCAGGACAAUGGAACCAAUCUUGCCAAACAACUUACACGCCAAUCUCAAGAGGAGCAGUUCUGGUAUCCCAUUCUCAUUGCAUUCCAGGAUGUACUAAUGACUGGCGAUGACCUCGAGGUCCGUUCACGGGCACUUACAUACCUCUUUGAUACGCUGAUCCGACACGGCGGCGAUUUCCCUAGGGAAUUUUGGGAUGUCCUCUGGAGACAGCUGCUCUAUCCAAUCUUCGUUGUCCUGCAGUCUAAGUCCGAAAUGUCCAAGGUUCCAAAUCACGAGGACCUUUCGGUCUGGCUGUCUACGACAAUGAUCCAGGCGCUGCGAAACAUGAUCACCCUCUUCACACACUAUUUCGAAGCCUUGGAGUAUAUGCUGAGCCGGUUUUUGGAACUGUUGACGCUAUGCAUCUGUCAAGAAAAUGACACAAUUGCACGCAUUGGAAGUAAUUGCUUGCAACAACUUAUUCUGCAGAAUGUCACCAAGUUCAAGCAGGAACAUUGGUCCCAAAUCGUUGGAGCUUUCGUGGAGCUAUUCAGCAAGACGACCGCUUAUGAACUCUUCACGGCUGCUGUUUCGAUGUCGAAACCUACAGAAACAGUGAAUGGAGACUCGGCGCAGUCUCCGGGUGCGGCUGCUACAACGGGAGAUCUUCCUGAGACCAACGGGUCCCAAAGCACAUCAUCUUUCCAGGAUCAUGCAAAUCCUCCUGUGCAAAGUGAAGCCCGCGCCGAAUUAGAAGAUUAUCGCCCUGAGUCGGACCAGCAGCAACCAGCGGCUGUCACUGCCGCUCGACGUCGGUAUUUCAACCGUAUAAUCACGAACUGCGUGCUGCAGCUUCUCAUGAUUGAGACCGUUCAUGAGCUUUUCUCAAACGAGAAUGUCUAUGCAGAGAUCCCAAGUGUUGAGCUUCUCCGGCUCAUGGGACUGCUGAAGAAGAGCUAUCAGUUCGCGAAGAAAUUCAACGAGGAUAAGGACUUACGCAUGCAACUUUGGCGCCAAGGCUUCAUGAAGCAGCCUCCCAAUCUGUUGAAACAAGAGAGCGGCAGUGCCUCUACCUACGUGCGUAUCCUUUUCCGGAUGUACCACGAUGAGCGGGAAGAGAGACGAAGCAGCCGCGCAGAGACCGAGGCUGCACUGAUUCCACUCUGUGCGGAUAUCAUUGGCUGUUUCGUUCGUCUUGAAGAGGACACCCAGCAUCGCAACAUAGUAGCUUGGCGUCCAGUGGUGGUCGAUGUCAUUGACGGAUAUACCAACUUCCCGCAGGAAGACUUUGAUAAGCAUAUCGAGACAUUUUACCCGCUCGGCAUCGAGUUGCUGAGUCGUGAUCUUAACCCGGAGAUUCGCGUUGCUCUUCAGUCUCUGCUACGUCGGAUUGGCGAGGUCCGACUGGGCAUUGCGCCGCCCAAUCCCUUAGACGCCCCUAUCAGCCCGCGCAGCUCCGUCUCCCAGAAGGCGGCUCGCCGUGAUAGCGAUGUCUAA